GAUGGCGGAAAGCGAGUGCGAGACCCCCAGCACUCCGGGGGAGUUUGAGAGCAAAUACUUCGAAUACAAUGGGGUGCGCCUGCCCCCUUUCUGCAGGGGGAAGAUGGAAGAAAUCGCCAAUUUCCCAGUGAGAGACAAUGAUGUCUGGAUCGUUACCUACCCCAAAUCAGGCACCAGUUUAUUGCAGGAAGUGGUAUAUCUAGUCAGCCAAGGAGCCGACCCUGAUGAAAUUGGAUUAAUGAAUAUUGAUGAACAGCUUCCAGUCCUAGAGUAUCCUCAACCCGGCCUGGACAUUAUCAAGGAACUUACAUCUCCUCGCCUCAUCAAAAGCCACCUCCCGUACCGUUUUUUGCCUUCAGACCUGCACAGUGGUGAUUCCAAGGUAAUAUACAUGGCUCGCAACCCCAAAGACCUGGUAGUGUCUUAUUACCAGUUUCACCGUUCCCUACGGACCAUGAGCUACAGAGGAACCUUUCAAGAGUUCUGUCGGAGGUUUAUGAAUGAUAAGUUAGGGUAUGGUUCCUGGUUUGAGCACGUGCAGGAAUUUUGGCAACAUCAUAUGGACUCCAAUGUACUCUUUCUCAAGUAUGAAGAUAUGCACAAGGACCUUGCAACGAUGGUCGAAAAACUGGCAAGGUUCUUGGGCAUCUCUUACGACAAAGCACAGUUGGAAGCCAUGAUUGAACAUUGUCACCAGCUCAUUGACCAGUGCUGCAAUGCAGAAGCCCUUCCCGUUGGCAGGGAUGCUUUCAACAGGUCUUCUAUUCUCAGAUUCAUGGAUUUUCCUGCAGGUGUCGACCCUGAUGGACAUGGACGAGUUGGGCUAUGGAAAGACAUCUUCACUGUCUCCAUGAAUGAGAAAUUUGAUUUAGUUUACAAACAGAAGAUGGGAAAGUGUGACCUCACGUUUGACUUUUAUUUAUAAAGAAAAGCAAAAAAAUGCAUGUCUACAAUAUCAAGAUCCUAGCUAGAAGUGCUUUCUGCAUUCAUUUAUUACUUGCUGGACACAACACAGUACCUAUCACAUGUAUCAAUAUU